GCAGUGUCGAUUACACCUUGGUCCUUUCUUCAAUGAAACCGCAAGACUUCUUAUUGUCUUCUACCACCAUUUAAUUUUUCACCUAAAAUUUAUUACAGUCAUUGUUAUUUCCUGUAGUAAUAAAGUUUGAAUUCAGUCCAUUUUCUCAACAUGCGAUUGCUUAUCCUAUACUGCCUCGUUGCUGUCAUAGAAGCCGGAUUUUUCGAUUUUCUCACCGGUGGAAAUCAUGAACAAGUUCACGAGAUCAGCCCAGAUCCCGGCGAGAUUGGCGGAGCACGCAAAAACCCAAAUCUAGGAGAUGAAAUCCACAUUCCGCGCGGAAGUUCAGAAAAUCCAAAUGCUGGAGCUGAGAUUCAUAUUCCCAGCAACCGCGUCCCGGUGCAGCCCGUUCCUCCCACAACAACACAUACGCCAUUUUCGACAACUUUUGAACCGACCACAACAUUGAGAAGGUUUCUGCCGUCGCCCAACGAAUUCAAUCCCACUGGAAAAGACUGUCCCUCUCGCGCAGAUGCAUUUUGCUCAGGCUCAAAGUACUCCUAUCUCUUCUAUGGCAACAAAGUAUACUCGAUACUAGGCGAUAGGGUAGUUUCGUCAAAUAGAAUUGAUGAACUAUUCCCAUCAGGCCCUAAUUCAGUGAAUGCCGCUGUAUAUGACGUGGAAAACGAAAUCGUUGUCUUAGUGCAUGAACGAUCAGUUUACGGUUACAAAGUGAUUGGAGCAAACACGAUGAGACUAGAUUCUUCUUACCCUAAGGAACUACCUUCUGCAGUUUUCACUCCAAACGGGGCAAUGAGAUGGCAUGACAAGCGGCAAAUGCUUUUGUCGAAUGGUGGAAAGUUUGCCUUAUAUGACGAAAACUGGAACAAAUCACUAAUGACAGGAAGGAUCAAUGACUAUUUCAAAGGAUUACCUGACAAUGUCCGAGGAGUUUCGAGGUGGGAAGACGGUCAAGCGAAGGUUUACACGAAAAAUCUAGUUUUCACUUACAAUGUUGCUAACACUGGAGUGGCAGGAGAUGGAAUUCCUAUUGCAGCAUUCUUCAAGUGUCAAUAAAUGUAAUAGCCGUUGACUUCAGCAUUAACCUAUGGCCAUUUCAAGAAAAACUCACCAGGGGCGGUAUGUAUCAAUCGUCCGUCCGGGUAAUGAUUUCCAUUCAGGUAGUAUCCGCCUCAGAGCUC